CGAGAGCCUUAGCUUCUCAAGGAUCAGGACCAAGAAGUGCGGGGUAAAGGACUCUGCACUUGCAAAGAGAAGUAAUCCAGACUUAGCAGGCUAGAUUGUUCUGGAAGCCAUGGCCCUACAGGGACUGGUGACCUUCAGGGAUGUGGUCAUAGUGUUUUCUCAGGAAGAAUGGAAGUACCUAGAACCGGCCCAGAGGAACCUGUACAGGAAUGUGACUUUGGAGACCUUCAGUCAUUUGGUCUCUGUAGGUCUUUCUAUUUCUAAGCCUGAUGUCAUCUUCUUAUUGGAGCAAGGGAGAGAGCCCUGGAUAAUUGCAGAUGAUAUGGAAAGACUGUGGUACCCAGACUUGGAGCCCAGGUGUGAGACAUUUCCAGCCAAAGGUCUGUUGGAAAUGGGGUCACUAAAUUGGGGAGCAGUAGACAGCCUUGACUACCAUUUCCUUGGAGGCUGGGAAUGCAGAGGCCCAUUGGAGGUGCAGCAAGUCAGAAAGCAAUGCUGCUCGCAGCAAGUGGAACCCAUGAAUGAAAAUGUGCCUGCUUUCAAGCAUCCCCCCACUGUCACCCUACAGCAGCCCAGUGAGACCUGUAAGAAAGUGAUUAAAUGCACAGAAUGUGGGAAAGCAUUUAGCCGCAGCUCACACCUUACUCAGCACCAGAAAACUCACACUGGUGUAAAGCCCUUUGAGUGUCCACAGUGUGGGAAGACCUUCAGUCGUGCCUCACACCUUGUUCAACAUCAGAGAAUCCACACAGGCCAGAGACCGUAUGGCUGUACGGAGUGUGGCAAGGCCUUCAGCCGGAGCUCAGAACUUAGUCUCCAUCAGAGACUUCAUACUGGUGUCAAACCCUAUGGAUGCAAAGAAUGUGGGAAGAGCUUUCGGCAACAUUCCCAACUGGUGCUGCAUCAGAGAACACACACGGGUGAGAAGCCCUAUGUGUGUGAAGACUGUGGAAAGGCUUUCAUCCAGAGCUCCCAGCUGACCGUCCAUCAGAGAAUCCAUACAGGUGCACGCCCCUACCAGUGUAAAGAAUGUGGGAAAGCCUUUCGACAGCACUCACAGCUCAGUGUGCACCAGCGAAUCCACACCGGAGAGAAGCCCUACCAAUGUAAGGAAUGCGGGAAGAGCUUUUUUCAUAGCUCAGAAGUCACUCGCCAUCAGCGGAUCCAUUCUGGGGAGAAGCCCUAUGAAUGUCAGGAGUGCGGGAAGGCCUUCCGACAGCUUUCCCAGCGCUCUCGACAUCAGAGAGUUCAUACUGGUGACCGACCCCACAAAUGCAAGGACUGUGGGAAGGCCUUUAGUCGCAGCUCAUACCUAAUUCAGCAUCAACGAAUUCACACUGGUGACAAACCCUACAAAUGUAAGGAAUGUGGGAAAGCAUUUAUUCGUGUUUCCCAACUGACUCACCAUCAGCGAACACAUACCUGUGAGAAACCCUAUGCUUGCCGGGAAUGUGGCAUGGCCUUUAUUCGUAGUUCACAACUUACUGAACAUCAGAGAAUUCACCCGGGUAUCAAACCUUAUGAAUGUAGAGAGUGUGGGCAGGCCUUCGUUCUUGGCUCCCAGCUCAUUGACCACUACAGAAUUCAUACUGGUUAGAAAGUCUCCAGUAACUGAGGAGGCAGAGAGCUUGAGGAUUGCUGUUCAAUGCCAGCCUAGG